AUAAAGGAGUUAAAGAUUGAAAGUGAUAUUCAAGAACCAGCUGAACCAGAAGAUGACUUUGACAUUAUGUUUGGCAAUAAAAAGAAGAAAAAGAAGAAUGUCAAGUUCCCAGAUGAGGAUGAAAUACUAGAGAAAGAUGAAACUUUAGAAGAUGAAGAUAGCAAAAAAGAUGAUGGUAUCUCAUUCAGUAAUCAGACAGGCCCUGCUUGGGCAGGAUCAGAAAAAGACUAUACAUAUGAGGAGUUACUGAAUCGAGUUUUCAACAUCAUGAGGGAAAAGAAUCCAGAUAUGGUUGCUGGAGAGAAAAGGAAAUUUGUCAUGAAACCUCCACAGGUCGUCCGAGUAGGAACCAAAAAAACAUCUUUUGUCAACUUUACAGAUAUCUGUAAACUAUUACAUUGUCAGCCUAAACAUCUCCUUGCAUUUCUAUUGGCUGAAUUGAGUACAAGUAGUUCUAUAGAUGGUAAUAACCAACUUGUAAUUAAAGGAAGAUUCCAACAGAAACAGACAGAAAAUGUCUUGAGAAGAUAUAUCAAGGAAUAUGUCACCUGUCACACAUGCCGAUCACCAGACACAAUCCUGCAGAAGGACACCCGACUCUAUUUCUUACAGUGUGAAACUUGUCAUUCUCGAUGUUCUGUUGCCAGCAUCAAAACUGGCUUCCAGGCUGUCACGGGCAAGUGAGCACAGCUCCGUGCCAAAGCUAAUUAAUUUGCUAAUCACCACCGA